CUGGAAGAGGCAGGGGUCAUGGAGGUGGUGCAAGACACGACAGGAAAUUAAUUGGAACUGCAUCAAGAUAACAGGCAGACUUUACAAGGGCGAUAUCAGUAUCGUGAAGGACGCAACAGAGACCAUAGUUCGAGUAGAAUUGUAUUCUAUAUGUCAAACUACUUCUGUGAACCGAUCUCAUAUUGCCAAUGUUGGUGUGCCGACGAAAGAUGGUCGUUUCAGCAGCUACAACAGAACUCCAGCAUACGUAGCUGGUGGACAAAUGUCGAUGUAUGCCAGAGAUAGAUCAAAGACACCUACGCACGGCUCUCAAACGCCUAUGUACGAAAAUGGUUCUCGUACUCCUCAUUAUGGUUUAAUGACGCUGUCUCACAAUGGUUUGAGAAUACCAGGCCAUUCGGGAGUCUGGGACCCGGCUGUCAUAAAUAUUCCCGCCAGAACAAACGAUUCCGAUGGCUACAGUAUGGAAGAAUGUGACUCGCCUGGCUACGCGCCCGGAUAUCCCCCCACCGGAGGUCCCUUUACUGCACAAACUCUGGGCACCACGUACGGCUUGGGACAAAGCUUUAGUUCGUAUCAGCCUAUUCCUAGUCCUGUUGGAAAUGCUACCACGAGUCCAAGUCUUGCAGGAUACGUUGCCACUCCAUCCCCAAGUGAAACUGAAUAUACCACAAGUCCACAUAGAACAACAUAGUCCCAUGGGUUACAGUCCCAUGACACCUAAUAGCCCGUAAAAUCCGCAAACACCUAGCGCAGGGUUGGACAUAGGUAUUGGUUCCGGUAGUGCGGAGUGAGGCGGGGAUCGAGAAGUCGUCGGCAUAUUACUUUCGACUGACAACCAAGAAGAAGUGAUGAAACUUAACACGGAGGAAAUUAAGUUCUUGCUUUUUAUGUAAAAUGAAAGCUUCUAGCACGUAACUUUUUAUUUUACGUGCAUCAAUGUUGUGUUAUCGACCUUAUCUGCUAUACAAAUGGAAGCAUAUUGUAGCGUAUAAUAGUUUUGUAACUCCUUUAAUUAAUAUAUUAUUAAUGUAUAUAUAGAAAUUGUGCACUUUACUAAGUAAGAAAACAGGACAAUAACACAAGCUGAUUCGUGCAUCUUUCGUCUCUCUCCUGUCACUUCUCUUUUCCUUCUUUUACCUCGUUUCUUAGCACCCUUAUCUUUAGCGUCUAGCGCUUCUACUUUUCUUACAUAAUACUUACUCGGAUAAUGCCGCCUAGCUAGCGCUUGUUUCGGUUCACGCCACGUUCAAAACUAAGCGUACUAACUAAAACUGAAAACAAUCAAAUCUAAAACCAAAACUAAACUGAACAUGAGCUCAUCUUUAUGCACAGCAUAUGCGAUAAUAUAAAGAAAUAUUUAAACUAGCCUGUAUCCUACACUCGGCCAUCUGACGUCAUCUGUUCUCAGAUGUAUCAGUUUUCUCCAGGUGAAUAUGUUUCAGUCGUCAUAUUCCAGGGCUUCAU